GCCUAUAUAACACACCAAGGCUUGCGUUGCCACACGAAUGGAACAGCUUAGGAUAUCUCUAAUCGACCACACCAUGGCUUCAUCUUCCCCAUCUUCCACAGUGAUCCAGAUGCCUCCAAGUCCACACAACAACGGCGUGACGACAGCCCCGGCCACGCCCAAGGAUGCCGGCGACGUCCAAACCACGGCGCCGGCAGCAGCUCCCAGGCCAGUAGCAACGGCGACGGACAAGGUCAUGUCGAGCGCCGCGAACCUCGCACAGCUCUUGCCGACGGGUACGGUGCUGGCGUACCAGGCGUUGUCCCCGUCCUUCACCAACCACGGCAAGUGCUUCUCCUCCAACCAGUGGCUCACCGCGGCGCUGGUCAUCGUCCUCACCAUCUCGUGCGUCCUCUUCUCCUUCACCGACAGCGUCCUCGGCCGUGACAAGAAGCUCUACUACGGCAUCGCCACGCCGCGCGGUUUCAACGUCUUCAACUUCUCGGACGAAGAGGAGAAGCUGCAGUGGACUCCCGCCGAGUUCCGGAGCCUCCGCAUCCGGCCACUCGACUUCAUGCGCGCCGUCUUCACGGCCCUGGUGUUCCUCACCGUGGCUUUCAGCGACGUGGGGCUGCAGAAUUGCUUCUUCCCUGGCGCUGGCAGGAACACCGAGGAGCUGCUGAAGAACCUGCCAUUGGGCAUCGCGUUUCUGUCCAGUUUUGUGUUCAUGAUCUUCCCCACAAAGAGGAAGGGCAUCGGCUACAGCGACACCACUCCUCGUGAAAAGCUCACUUGAUGUUAAUAUCAGUUGUUUCUGAACAGUUAGAUGGAUUUUAGAUUAUAAUGUAAUCAUGCUAUGUAGUAUUAUACCUUGAGGAUAGAUUCGGAACAUUCUUUAUGAACAGUUAGAUAAAUUUUA